AUGGGAGGCAAGAAGUAUGGCCGCGCCUGGAGUCGUUGCGAGGGCUGUCAGAACUCGAUCUGGAACACCAAGCUCAUCGCUCAAGAUUGCGUCUGCCAGUGUGGACACACAGUCCAGCUGUGGGCGCCUUGGAACUCCGUGGCCAGGCACGAGAACGAUACCUCCAACACCUAUGAGAAGAAGCUGCGCGACCUCCUCAAGGCGGAUCUUCCCCCUGCCGUGGCAACGGCGAUCCAGACGGAGUUGCAGCAGGCGAAGAAGCCGCCGCCCACGGACGCUUGGGAGGCGGCGCAGAAGGCCAAGCAGGAGCUACGCAAGACCGAGCAGGCCACUCAGAAGGCGGCGAUGGGAGUGCUACGGGCCCGCGCCGACCUCGAGUCGGCCUCAGAGGCGCACGCGUCCAAGGUGGAGCAGCAGGCGAUGGCGGAGCUCGCCUACCAGAAGGCGCUCUCCACGCUGCAGACGGAACAGGCACGCGAUGCACCUCAGCGGAACAAGCUCAUUAUCGACUACGACAUUUUCGAGACCGCAGACCCUGCGGACAUGGAUGAGAACGAGCGCAAGACUUUCAUGGAGUACAAGAAGGAGUUCGACACCGCCAGGCCACAGCUCGAGUCGGCGGUGCAGAAGCUACAGAACCUCAUGGAGUCCAUCAAGCGCUUCGACCAGGAGCGGGUCGCCAAGAGGAGACGCCAGGAGGGAGGCGAUGAGGCGCCAUCGGUCGAGGCAGGCCGCGGCGGCGGCGCUGGCGCCCCACCUGCCAUGCCUGCGACCCCUGGGGCGGGUUCAGCCCCGGCGCCCGUGCCCCCUCAGCCCCCGCUGGACGGCGAGUGGCUCAAGUCGCUCUCCGAAGACUCGCUGCGCCAGGCUGCCGAGACCUCCAAGACCAAGGCCAGCCCCGUCACCGCGCAGCCGAUUGUGGAAGAGGCCCAGCUGUUCUUUUCGAACAUCACUGAAUGGGGCCCUCAGGCUGAGCGGUGGGUGGCGCCCACUGGCAAGCGCUAUCAGCUACUGGCCUUGGUCGAGACACACAUAUCGCAGGCCAAACAGCAGCAUGAGUUUCUUAAGAUUGACAAGGAUGAUUGGAGAUCCUCCAAAUGCUAUGCAAUGCCGACGGAUCGAUCUGCAGAGGGCACCACGGGCGGAGAGAUGGUUCUAGCUCGCAAAUCGGUGGCUGCUUCCACCUUCGACGCUAUGAGACACCAGAGCCGCCAGCUGCAUGCAGUUGACCCGUGUCAUGGCUUCGCCCCGAUGACGUGGCAUCGCAAGACAGGCAAUUUGGUCGUGAUAGCCUUUUAUAUCGAACCGCACCACUCGAUUACGGGCCCAGUUCAUGAGCGGAUGGUUGCACUCACCGCGUUUUUGGACAUGCUGGCGGACCCUUGGAUUGUAUUAGCAGAUUGGAAUAUGUCGCCGUCUCAACUGGCUGACAGCGGCUACCCUGAGGAGCGGGGUGGCUCCAUUCUGGUGGCCCUUGGUUCUGCAACGUGUGAUAAAGGCUCGGGUUCGACCAUUGACUACGCGGUGGUGAAGCGCGGCUGGGAGAUGUCUGUGGUCAUUCGCCAGGUCCACGAUGUGCCGUGGGGAACGCACUGCGGCCUGGAGGUCUGCGCAGGCGAGUCUCAGCCUCGGCGGUUUCGUGCCCUGGCACUCCCUGCAGAUUUGCCUUGCCCCCCCAGGCCGCAGAGACAGGCGAACCCCAACAGUAAGACAUCACUGAGGAAGAAGGCAGCGCUAGACAAGAGACGCAACCAGUUGCCCGACAUGCUGCAGGAGGCGUUUGAUGAGCUCACCCAGUCACAGGAGGAUGCAGCAGCGCCUCCAGUCUUGAGCGCAGCGGAUGUUGACUAUGUGGACGGCGUCGAUUUUGCCAUUAAUCUGGAUCUCUGGAGGAGGCAUCAGGACGACAUGAGGAGCAUGCUGAGUACUCCCGACGAGAAUGACACGCUGGGCACCUACGACACGCGGGGGCCCCCAGAGAAGGCAGGCUCGCAGCUCCCGCCAGGGAAGUCUCGCAGGCUGGAGGGGGCCCAAUCUGUCUAUUGUGGGACGGUCGAGGAGAUGCAUGGCAUGCCAUUGAGGGGGGCGGGGGCCCCAAGAGCCCAUGCGGGUGGCCACGGGCCUCAAAUCGUGGGGGCGUGCUCGCCCCCCUCGGAGCUGCGCGGCAACGUUGCGACUGGAGCGGAUGGAGUUGUUACAGAUACUGGCAGAGAUGCGACGGACCCCUCGAGAGACAAGUGGAGCAUUCUCGACGAGAAUGACGCGCUGAACACCUACGACACGGCUGGGCACUCAGAGAAGGCAGGCUCGCAGCACCCGACAGGGAG